GGAACAGCCCUAGCAAUAAUAAAAAAAAAACCAAUAACAAUGCCAAGAACCCUCCUGAUUGGUGGGCAAGAAAGGGCAGCCGGGCAGCCAGAGUGUCCCCCUAGUACGGCGCGCUCUGAUUGGAGGAGCGUGGCCCGAGGACGUCUCCCAUUGGCGGAUCGCUGGCCGCGGACGGCGAAACGUUCCAACAAGCUGGUUUUCUAUUGGCGGAGGGGGCUGGUGAGCGGAGGUGAAAGGUUAAGAGAGGGGGCAGUUGCCCCUGAGGCGCCUCAGGAAUGAGCUUGUUUACUGAGGAUUGAAUGCUGGGAUUGCGAGACGGGUAUGGCGAUAGGGGGGAGGGGAGGCAGAACGAGGGGCGCUCCUGAGGUGCCUCCAAGGCGCUAGUCCUCAGUAAGAAGGGGCUAUGAUAGGUUUGGAGGAAGGCCGCCAUGUCGUCCUCUCCUCCUCCUCCUCCUCCUCCUCCUCCUCUUUCACCACCAUCUCCUUUCUGAACCCCAGGAGGGGCAGAGUGUGAGCGUUAGGCCAAGCUGGAGAAUGCCCUGAGCUAUGGGCUCCCGCAGCAGUAGCAACGCUGGCUCGGGGGGCCGGGAGAACCAAGGCAGCUGGUCUCGGAGGGACUCGGGCAUCCUACGCAGCGAAGACGAGGACGACGAGGAUGUGGAUCUGGCCCAGGGGACAGUUUCACCUCAUGCAGGGAGGGGGAACCGCCAGCGCCCGGGUGUUCCAGGCUGUUUCGGAUUCCGACGACGAUACUGACAAUGCUUGGGAAGGACGUUUAGGAGAUCAGUACAAACCCCCAGUGGAUUUGGCACCAGACACCCGGGAUCUGGAGCACAACGAGAUUAAAACACGCAUCCAGUUAGCAACGGGCCGACUCACACCAGGGCGACCCGAUCGUAGCAUCCCAAAGCUCCUGGGACAGAGAGAACGAGGCCUUUGCCAUAACAGCAGUUUCUCAGCAGGGGAAUGUUCGCAGAUCGUGUCACACUUCCUUCCCAAUCAUCUGACCGUCAAAGACACCUAUUUGCAGAAAGCCUUCUGCGGCAUCUAUUCCCGCGAUGGACAACUUUUUAUGUCUGCUUGUCAAGACCAGCGAAUCCGCUUAUACGACUGCGCCUACGGAGCCUUCCGGAACUUCCGGAGCGUCAAAGCCCGCGAUGUCGGCUGGAGCGUCCUGGACGUGGCCUUCACCCCCGACAGGACCCACUUCCUCUACUCCAGCUGGUCGGACUACAUUCACAUCUGCAACAUCUACGGGGAGAGCGAGACCCAGACCGCCCUGGACUUGAGGCCCGACGAACGCCGUUUUGCUGUCUUUUCCCUGGCGGUCUCCUCGGAUGGAAGGGAAGUGCUUGGCGGGGCCAACUACGGCUGUGUCUACGUGUUUGACAUGGAGCAGAAUAAGCGGACGCUUAAGAUCGAGGCCCACGAAGACGACGUGAAUGCAGUCGCUUUUGCGGACAACAGCUCCCACAUCGUCUUCUCAGGCGGCGACGACGCCAUCUGCAAAGUGUGGGACCGGCGCACCAUGCGAGAGGAUAACCCCCAGCCUGUGGGGAUCUUGGCUGGGCAUCAGGACGGCAUCACCUUCAUCGACAGCAAGGGAGACGCACGAUACCUCAUCUCCAACUCCAAGGACCAGACCAUUAAGCUGUGGGACAUGCGCAAAUUCUCGGGCCAGGAGGGCCUCGAAGCAUCCCGGCACGCUGUCACCCAGCAGAUCUGGGAUUAUCGCUGGCAACAGGUACCCAAAAAAGCCCGACGUAAAUCAAAACUUCCAGGGGACACUUCUCUCAUGACCUACCGGGGCCACGGAGUCCUGCACACUCUGAUCCGCUGCCGGUUCUCCCCACCUCACAGCACGGGACAGCAGUACAUUUACAGCGGGUGCUCCACAGGACGGGUGGUAGUCUACGAUCUCCUGACCGGUCUCAUUGUGAAGAAACUGAUCAAUCACCAAGCCUGCGUACGAGAUGUUAGUUGGCACCCAUACGAGGAGAAGAUCGUUAGUACCUCGUGGGAUGGAAACGUAUGUCUCUGGGAGUAUCAGCAAACAGAGUACGACGAAGAUGAUCUCAGCGACCCCCAGCAGCUCCUAACAGGCCGAGAAAAACAUCCCCAGCUGGCCGUCCCCCCACACCAGUAGCCUUCCCCCCCCCUCGCUUGUUCGCCACCGUUCUCCAGUUUGGGACUUACUCAGGGGCCGAGAGCGAGGGCGAAAACGACGUCUUGCGUUGCCAAUCAUUUCGGGUGGGCGGUGUUCGCCGGGGCGAAGCGGAAAGCCACUUCGGACGAACCCACACACCCCUCUCGAAUGAACCGAUCUUCCAUCUCCGAAACCUCCGGCAUCAUCGGCUUUGGGGUCCCGCGGUUGGAUCCGAAGGAUAGCGACAAAAAACGACAACCACCUACCGGCGAAAGAAACGGCGAACAAUCCCGCUGGAGGUCUUGGUCAAAGCUGGGCUGAUUCUGUAUCCUUCCAGAUGAGCUGGACUCUGUCCCACAAAUCUUGAUCCGAGGGACGGCAGCCCAGGAAUAUGGGCCCACCGAAAUUCACAGCUGGAAAGCCCGAUGGGUCCCUUAGAAGAAAACCUCUCCUCCUUUUUGGGGAUAUAUAGAAUCAUGACUGGAAAAUCACCUCGCGGCAUCCCGGCCGGUUCCUCCCUGCAGAUGGUCUCUGCAAUGCCCAGAUUCAUUGCGACGAAAAAAAAAAAGUGUAACGCACCCACAAUAAUUUUCGCGGGACCCUUUAAGACUUGACCUCCGUCUGGAGCUUUAUCAGGGAAUAGGGGGAAAUAUAUAUAGAGAUAGAUAGAUCCAGUUUUCUCUGGAUCUGAGCCACGGAGAGGCGACAGAUCCCAAAAGAUCCCUCUUGGUGUUCAGAAGAUCCUCGGUGGGGAGGGGUUUGAUUGAAAUGGCUCCCCCUCUUUUCUCAGAGGGAUGAUGGCGAGCGCUCGCUGACACACAACCCCCCUCCCAGGAGGCUGGGGAGGGGGUCCUUGCAGGAUAUUUGUCAGGCGCCACGAAGAUUCGUGGCCAGAGGGGACAGUUGGAGCUUCCUUCCCAACCUCUUCCUCUUCUCCCAGAUGCUGAGGAUGUUUUCUUCGCAUCGGGCCCAUUGCCCUCAAGUUAACACCACUCACCCCAAAAUAGGGGGACCCCUUUCUAUUUCUUCUUGAGAAAAGGGGGGCAGGCGUUCCUAUCGUCUUUCGCCUUAAACGGUGUCCCCAACCUGGCUCUUCCUUGGCUCCCUUUCCGAAACGCUCGCAGGUGGGGGGAGUCUCACCUGCCCUGUAAAUAUUAAUGGUGAGGGUCCUGCAAAGAAGGGGCAUUUGGGGUACCCGAAGAGUGGUUUUUUUAAAAAAUAAAUGGAUGGAAGGGGUGAGCGAAAAGAGCCACAUGUUUUUAAGCGUGUAAAAGCCGGGGGGGGGGGAUUUCCUUGUUCAUUUCUUCUAGUUGGAGAAGGAGCCCACCCACCCCUCACAGUCCUUCCCCCGGAGGGCUCCAUGUUGGGGCUCCUUUCCAAAUCUAGGUUUUGUAGAAAAGGGGAGGGUCUUUCUCCCCCCCCCCCGUUUCAGGGGUGAUGCAAAUAACUGUCUGAAAUUAUCUUAAAAUAAAAGUGGUUGAAAUUUGA